GCUGCUCGCGCGCUCAGGCAGUAGAACAGUCAGCUGGGGAGAGGCAGGCGUGUGCUCGCGCGUGCCGACCAACCGGGAAGCGAAGCGCAAACCGAGCUAGACCCUGCACGACGGCGCAGGCUCGAGGUCGAAACGGGCACUUUUUCACCCCAUCGACGCACGGAUUUCUAACACUUCCGUCCUUACCAUGGCCGACCCAGUGAACGAGGCUUUCGAUGGCGAGGAAGGCGCUCGAGGAUUCGCCAGACAGGGCGCGCUGAGGCAAAAGAACGUGCACGAGGUGAAGAAUCACAAGUUCAUCGCGCGCUUCUUCAAGCAGCCGACCUUCUGCAGCCACUGCACCGACUUCAUCUGGGGUUUCGGCAAGCAAGGCUUUCAAUGUCAAGUGUGCUGUUUCGUGGUCCACAAACGCUGCCAUGAGUUUGUUACGUUCUCCUGCCCUGGAGCCGACAAAGGCCCUGCAUCAGACGACCCUCGUAGUAAACAUAGGUUUAAGGUACACACAUACUCCAGCCCCACGUUCUGUGACCACUGUGGAUCUCUGCUGUACGGACUUCUACAUCAAGGGAUGAAAUGUGACAACUGCAUGAUAAAUGUUCAUAAGCGAUGUGUGGAGAAUGUCCCCAGUCUGUGUGGAACGGACCAUACGGAGAGAAGAGGACGUCUGAAUCUCAGUGCUCAUAUCAAAGAUCAAGUGCUUACAGUGAGCGUCCAAGAUGCUCGUAACUUGGUACCGAUGGAUCCCAAUGGCCUGUCAGAUCCAUACGUGAAGCUCAAGUUAAUUCCAGACCCAAAGAAUGAGAGUAAACAAAAGACCAAGACCAUCAAGUGCUCCCUAAAUCCCGCCUGGAACGAGACCUUUACUUUUAACCUCAAAGAGACAGACGUAGACAGGCGUCUGUCAGUGGAAAUCUGGGAUUGGGAUUUGACCAGCAGAAAUGACUUCAUGGGUUCGAUGUCCUUCGGCAUCUCUGAGCUGCAUAAACAAGGUGUCAGUGGAUGGUUUAAGUUGCUGGGCCAAGAGGAAGGAGAAUAUUUUAAUGUUCCAGUUCCUCCAGAGGGAGAAGAAGGCAAUGAGGAACUAAGGCAGAAGUUUGAGAGAGCCAAAAUUGGACCGGGCACUAAGAACAUAGAUGGAUCAUCAAAGAACGACAUCUCCAAAUAUGAUGCCAAUGGCAACCAGGACCGCAUGAAACUCUCUGACUUCAACUUCAUCAUGGUACUCGGCAAAGGCAGUUUUGGCAAGGUCAUGCUCGCCGAACGUAAAGGCUCAGAUGAGCUGUACGCCGUGAAGAUCUUAAAGAAGGAUGUGGUUAUCCAAGAUGAUGAUGUUGAGUGCACUAUGGUGGAGAAGAGAGUUCUGGCUCUUUCCGGCAAGCCGCCCUUCCUCACACAUCUACACUCCUGCUUUCAAACCAUGGAUCGUCUUUACUUCGUCAUGGAGUAUAUCAGUGGCGGAGAUUUGAUGUAUCAGAUACAACAAGUGGGAAAAUUCAAAGAGCCCCAUGCAGUGUUUUAUGCAGCUGAGAUCGCCAUCGGUCUCUUCUUCCUCCAUUCAAAAGGGAUUGUUUACAGAGAUCUGAAGCUAGACAAUGUGAUGUUGGACUCUGAAGGCCACAUUAAGAUUGCAGAUUUUGGCAUGUGUAAGGAGAACAUGUUUGAUGGUGCCACGACCAAAACCUUCUGUGGUACUCCAGAUUAUAUCGCCCCUGAGAUCAUCGCUUAUCAGCCCUAUGGGAGGUCUGUUGACUGGUGGGCUUAUGGAGUUCUCCUGUAUGAAAUGCUUGCUGGACAGCCUCCUUUUGAUGGCGAGGAUGAAGAUGAGCUUUUCCAGUCCAUCAUGGAGCAUCAUGUGUCUUACCCGAAAUCAAUGUCCAAAGAAGCAGUGGCCAUAUGCAAGGGGCUGAUGACCAAACAUCCAGGGAAACGCCUUGGCUGUGGACCAGAAGGAGAGAGAGAUAUUAAGGAGCAUGCGUUCUUCCGUUACAUGGAUUGGGAAAAAUUACAAAACAAGGAAGUCCAGCCCCCCUUCAAACCCAAAUCUAAAAAUCGCCAAGACACGGGAAAUUUCGACAAGGAAUUUACCAAGAUGGCAGUCGAGCUAACCCCGACAGAUAAACUCUUUAUAAUGAAUUUGGACCAGAAUGAAUUCCAAGGCUUCUCCUACACCAACCCAGAGUUCGUCAUUCAAGUUUAACCCCAAACCGACUUAUCAACCGCUCAGAUUAUAUGAAGGGAGGAAAGCUACCCAGAAUGCAUUAUUUUGUCCUUGUGCAUCUUGAUUGUCCUCUCUUCUCAUUUAAAAAAAAAGGUCCAGACCCUGUAUGAUCAUAUACAGAACCAAACCAGCACUACUCAGUCUAAACAAAGUUCUCAGAAACUCUGAAUCGAACGAUAAAAGAGCGUAUUCAUAGUCUCCAUGAGAAUGCCACGUGUUUUCAUCUCCAUGAGAAUUAUCCUACCUCUUUUCUUUAUACAUGUCUCCAUAUAUUUAGUCUUGCUUUUCUAGCAGUCCCAAACAAAGUGCAAGCAUGGCUAAUCUGAAAUUGCUUAGAGAGAUCUAAUGGCAUAAAGCAUCAGACAAGCUAGAGCCCAAAUGAAAGAAAAGCAAAUGGCCAUUAACUUGAACCACACGCAUGUUUGUGAGUUUUGCGUGUAAUUGUCUUGUUGCUAGAUUCCAGUGAUUCCGGUUUGCUGGAGAUUCCCGGCAGUAGCUUGCAUUAGCACAUCAUCAAAGCAAUUAAAUAAUGGCAUAGUGGCUUUAGUUUGCCACAGGCAUGAUGGUUCCUGUUCAUGAGACGAUCCUAAAAAUAUUUAUGUAUAAUUCUUAAUAUCUUAAGGGAACAGCGUGGGCUCUCAGGCUCUCUUAUGUUGCAUUAAUGAAGCUUUUAGAAAGUCAAUUUGUAAAAAAAACGGAUGGUUUUAAUAGUGUCGAAGGCCUGUUGCUUGUUUGUCAUCUUUAAACCUAGCAAUUUCAACAAUCAAGGUAUGGGCCAAUGACAUGAUUUAUGAUGCAUAUUUUUGUGUCCGGGGGCAUUAUUUACUAUAAAAGUAACUUGAUACAUUUAUGACGUGUCACUUUAUUUUACAAAACCUAUACAAUUACUGUAUUUUUUAUAAUACUGAUUUUUGUUUGUUAUCUCAAAAAUGUAAAAUGGUGGGCGGGGCAACUGUCCAUACAAAUGAGCAGUUUAAGACAACUCAAAAUCAAAACAAGUUCAUUUUUCAUUAUUUUAUGUUCGAAAUCUUUCUUAUAAUUUCACGAAUAUCAGUAGUUGUUUGGAUGUAAGGAUAAUUUUAAAAACAAGUGUUUGACAAUUUGGAUGUUCUCAAAUGUCAGUGUAGUACAACCGCAAUGAGUAUAAAUACUAAACAUGAUGUCUCAUCAUCCGUUAAACUCCAGGUGCUCUUUAUGGCUGAAUGAAAGUUUGUAGAUUUCUCUAAAAUACUGAAAAAUUGCCACUUUAAUGUUAUGGGUAGGCUGGUUCACAUUCUGUGUCAGGUGGUACAACCAAUGUAAAGCUAGAAAAAAUGCAAUUUUAUCGAACAAAUUUUAAUUUUAAAUUUAAAAGUAUAUUUAUGAAUUUAAUAUCACAUGCAAAACCUUAUACCAGCAUCCAACUAGAAGUCUUUUAAAUGUAAAUUCAUUGUAGAGGUCAGGUGGUGCAACCAGAAAGUCAAAGUGAGCAGCUGCUAUGAAUGCCCCAUUAAGCUAAAUCAUUUUAAGCUAAUAACUUACAUAAUAAUUUUAGUUUUAAUAAAUGCAAGGUCGUCUAUAUUUGUUUUAUUAUUGUUCUUAAAUUUAUUGGACACUAUCAAAUAAACAAACAAUUAGCAUGACACAGGGAGCACAUUAAAACUUAUCUGGCAAAUGGACAAUAAUUGGUUAUACCACCUGACAUUUUCUUUGAAUGAGGAUAUCAAAAAUAUUGUGAAAAAAUAAUUUAAAUGUACUGAAAUGUUUUCUGGUUUACAAAAUGUUAAAUGCAUUGUUCCUGACUCAAAAAUAUGCAUUACAUAAUUUUUUUUAAAAAUCGGUUUUAGGAGCUUUUUUUGUCAUUGACCUGUAUAUGUCGAUCAUUGAAGCACAGAUAUUAAUAGUCGUAAAUAAGUCAUAAUAAACAAAUGCAUGCUAUUUGUAAGAGCAUCACACCACUGUUUAAUCACAAUUAUUUGUUAAUUCAUAGUGCAAUCUGCAUUGUCCCCUAUACAGCGGGUGAAUUAAGUAUUGGACACGUCACCAUUUUUCUCAGAACAUAUAUUUUCAAACGUGCUAUUGACAGUUUUUACCAAUUUUAAUUACUGAUAGUUUUCAGCUGUUUUUUUCUUGGCUUUUUUAUGCCUUUUUGCACCUCCCUGUGUCAUUUCACAUUAUUACAUAUAACUUAAUUUCUGAACUUAUUUGUUUUGGUUUCUUUGUACGUAUGGAUUACUUGGGUUGUUACCAACAUCUGGUGAAAAUUUCAUGUCAAUAGCACAUUUGGAUACACACACACACACACACACACACACAUAUUUAUAUAUAAUGACAAAUAAAAUUAUAUAAAUUGAUAAAAAAUGUUUGCUCAGGUAUGUCAGGAUAAUAUUUCUCUGAGUGCACAGAAUAAGCAUUAGGCCUAAUGUAUUAUAAUUCAGAUUUAUGGUAUUCAAAAUUAUUAAACUUAUAUAGAUAUCUUACAUUAUUGCAUAGACAAUAAAUGUAUAAUCAAUCAAUGA